AUGUUUGUCUGCCCACCAGGCUCCAUCUUCCAAAGAACCUGGGCUUGGCACGGUUUUGAGGGUGUCGGCGGCGGCGGCCCCGGUGCUGGACCCCCAGGUGCUGGACCCCCAGGUGCUGAACCCCCAGGUGCUGAACCCCCAGGUGCUGGACCCCCGGAUGGUGAUAGGCAAGGCAAGGGCAAAGGCAAGGGCAAAGGAAAAGGCAAGGAUGGUCCUGAGCGAAACCCCACCGACGAAUUCCGCGAUCGAUGCUCGGUCUGGCCGAGCUCUUCGUCCAGCCUUCCUGAGUCGAGCUCCUUGGACCCCGGUAUCAUUGUAACCCAGGUGCCGCCAGCUUCUGAGUCGACUGAUGCCGGCGGCAGACCCCCGACACUCUCAGCGCCAACUUCUCUGCCAAGACCGGACGGCACUAUGGGCGACAACAACAACAACAACAACAACAACAGCACUUCCCAGGGCAUCGGCGGCAACCGAAGUCUUGUCAUCGCUCUGAGCACUGUGCUCUCCCUCCUCGGGGUCGUCAUGAUCAUCGGGGCAAUUUACCUCUGUUAUCGGUACCGCCGCGGCCGCCUCCCGUUCGGCCGCCGGGGUAACACUCCCAUCGAUGACGAGGAAAUCGAGUCCUGGAAGGCUUGCCGGACGAUUGAGAAGUGCACCACCAUCGUUGUCGACGAGCAAGAUCAACAUGGCUCGGCUGCGGCUGGAUCCGUCCAGAAGCCGUCCAGCACGAUCGUCUACCAGGACAAUAGCCAGCACCAUCCUCGCAUCUCGACUGAAACGACUCAACGCGCCCUCUACCACAAGCGGAGCAUGGACAAGAAGAGCAUUGAUAUUCCCCAGGCUUCUGUCCUAGCAAGAGCACCCAACGCCCGUGUUGGUCUCACCGAUGACGCCAUUGAAGGUGACCGUGCCUUUAUCCCAUCUCCGAAGCGCCGAAACUCGAGGUUGUCCAAGCUUCCACCGUUGUCCCCCCGCCAUGGUAGGCAUCGCAGCUCCCGCAGCAGCGUCAGUAUCGGUAGUCUACGGGAUCACUGGUACGGUUACCACAUUGAUAUGGAGCUUUCACCGCGUGCAUCCGCCGAUCAUUACACCCGCAUGCCCUCUUCCGCACACUCGGAUGGCAAGCAUCGACGUGUCUACUCCUCUUCUGCGAAUCCUCCUAGGUUAUCACUAGGCGAGGAACUCCAAUUGGGCGGCCUUUCUCCGCGUCCGUUAUUUCGGCAAGCAGAAAUUGGACUCGCCGUAGGUUGA